CUCCAAGCACUGACUCCCCAUCCACGCGGACCACCACCAGCGCCACAUCCAACCGCCUGCCCAGCGUCCAUCCAUGGAGGGAGCUGCUGAGGAGCUGCAUGGUCCAUCCCUGGAUUCUCCAAGCACUGACUCCCCAUCCACGCUGACCACGGCCAGGGCCACAUCCCACCACCUGCCCAGCGUCCAUCCAUGGAGGGAGCUGCUGAGGAGCUGCAUGGUCCAUCCCUGGAUUCUCCAAGCACUGACUCCCCAUCCACGCUGACCACCACCAGCCACAUCCAACCGCCUGCCCAGCGUCCAUCCAUGGAGGUGAGCACCAUGUCCCCUCUUUUCGCCUCACCAACCAACGGACCUGAUCAGUGUGAGAUCAAUGUCUCCAGCAUGGCCAUACACUUUGUGACAUUGCUCUUCGGUGUCUGUGGGCUGGUUGGGAAUGCGGCUUUCCUCCGGCUCUUCUACAUUAACCCCUCGACCGACUUCGUCUUCAACCAGGCUAUCACCGACUUCCUCUUCCUCAUCAUCAUGGUCCCCUCCACCGUGCUCUUCCUUGUGGAGGAACUGUCCUGCUAUGCUAUAAUGGCCCUGAUGUAUUUGAGCUUCCUUUUCUACCUCUCACUGUUCUCCUACACCAUGGGGCUGUACCGCCUGACAUUCAUCAGCUUUCAGAGGUGCAGGUCCAUCCUCUGCCUGUUUUUCUGUGGUUGCCAACUUCCUGAGCGACUGCUGUUGGUGAUGAUGACUGUACUGUUCUGGGUCCUCCUCUUUGUUGUCACUGCUGUCAAUCCCACGGUGACUUCCCAGUGCCAGUCACUCGAGAAGGAGAAAUGCCAUGUGGCUCUCACCUCCAUAUACGCCCUCAACCUCUUCCUAUUUGCUGCACCCGUGGUCAUUUCCAGCACAAUCCUCUUCAUUCAUUACAAGGCCGGCUCCCAGCAGCAGCAGCAACACAAGAGGCUCGACAUCGUUAUUGUCCUCGUUGCACUCUUCAGUCUGCCCCUCAGUCUCUGGUCUUUCCUGCAGCAGCUCGGUUACACAGCUGUGCCCUCCCAGGUGGUUUUCCUGCUCACCUGCAUCGCCAGCAGCGUCAAACCCUUCAUCUAUUUCUUGGUGGGGAGCUGGAAGAGAGAGUGCGCCAUGGGGAGCUGCUGGAGACACUGCUCCAUGGAGAGCUGCAGGAGGCAUUCCUCUGUGGAGUCCCUAAGGAAGGCAAUCCACAGGGUGUUUGGGGACCCAGAAGAAAACACUUCCUGUGGAAAUGAGCCCACCUCUGAUGCAGAGGACUGAGCCUGUUGCUCCCUUCCACUGCACUGCUGAAGGAACCCAGUGUAGUGGCUGAGGGAUUCCUUGAGGGACCUGAUCAAUAAAUCCCCACAGGAUCACCCUCCCUGUGCUGGUGCAUCCCCCACCCCCUUUCCAGCCCGCACUGGGCUCUGAUCCGUGCUUGGGAGGCCUCAGCCUUGAGGAGCAGUCCCUGGGCUCAGCUCCUCUGGCACUGAUCACAAAAACCCUCUGCUCCCAGGAACGGCUGCUGUCCAACGACCUCCUGGGCUUUUAUCAGCAGCCUUGGGAAUUCUUUUCCUUCCCUGAAUGCCACAACAUCCCUGCUCUCACACUUUCACAGCAAGCUGCCGGCCCCCAGUGUGGCCAGGGUGAAACAUUGCUGUGGCUGCAGCCCAUCCCUUGGGGCCCCGUAAGCAGCAGCCCAAAAGGAGAGCCUUGGAGCUCUCCUGGGCCCAGCAGCGCUGAGCAGAAGCUCCCUGGCCCUGGGGCCUCUCCGAGCUGGGAUCUCUCCCGUCUGCUGCCCUCGGGUGAUCCCCGAACGCCGGCGGCUCCUGGGCCGAUCCCCCAGGGCUCGAGGCCCAAGCCUUGGCACGGUGAGGAGAUGCCAACGGAUCCGCAGGGAGCAUUUCACUGCCUCCCAGGGGAAUUUCUCACAGGCACCCUGCACGGACUCUUCCUGUCUGUGUGCACACACGAGUGCAUCUGCUCCUGCAAAUGUGGGGAAAUGCUGCUCUCCCCGGUGUUCCAGUGCCUGAGACACCUGAGGGGGUCAGGCCUGGGAGCAAGGCUAAGGCCUGAGAUACCAUUGCAGCUAAACGCUCUUCAUGUUAUUUCUUUGCUAAAUUGUUAAUUUCAAGGUAGAAAAGUAGGAAUGGCUUGGAGAAGCAGAGACACUGCUCAUGGUCCCAGGUGGAGCAGGGCAGGAGCGGGGCUGUCCUAGGGGAAAAGGUGGCCCUGGAGCGUGACUGGAGGUGGUCAGAGGGUUCCAUAAAAGUUGCGGGGGUUUUGGAUGGAUCUGGAGGAGUUUGGGAAGGGUCUGGAUGCUGCUGAUCCCAAAUGUCCUGACUGGAGAGCAGCAGAGCUCGAUGGGCAGCACUUCAAGGCACAGAGCGGCCAUGGGAUAAGAUAGGAUGGAAUGGGAUGGGAACUGGGAGUGAUCCUGAGAUCAGCCAGAGUAAAUUUUCCAACACAAUGGGAGGCAUUAGAAAGGAAAAAGAGAUGGAUCUCUCCAUAUUUCCAUUUGAGGUGAGACUUUACAACAGGGGUUUUACCCAUAAUAACCACACAGAGCCACUAGAGUUCCUUUGUCAUCUAAUACAUAAACAUCAUUUUCCUAGGACUCUUUUACAAGCAUCCGCCUCCUUCUCCAAGUCCUUUCCUGGUCCUGGACGAUGCCUCACAGGGGUCUUUUGUGGUCACAUUCACUGAGUGCUCUGAGAAUAAAGAUGACCCUGCCUGUAGUAGUAGGGACAGGCGAACGGAAGAUCUCGGGAUGUGACGGAAAGAGAGACCCUUCCCUGUUUUCCCUGCUUCACGUUAUCUAUUAACCCCAGAGCAUGUAACCACACCUAACCCUGUAGUUUUCCAC